GAAUUGCACAUGAUAGUCAGAAGAGACUCGAUAUAUCCUACGUUAUCGGAAAGGUUUUCUUCAUGGACACACCCAAGAUUUACAACAAAGGAUCAGAUUGGAGGGAAAAUCAGUCCGAUUUAAGAGAAAACAACAUGACGGGCAAACUAAAUGUGGCUAGCUGUUACUGGUACAUCCAUUACGAAACUAAAACAAUCAGCUCCCUGGAGGUGCAGAAGAAGGAUCAACCACUGGCCUGUGACACAGAAGAAGAAAUCUUUAUCCGUUUCGUUGUAGUUGGGGAAGCCCAGGGCUCUGCGGAUGUGAUGUAUCUGGUAGUCUUAUCCCGAGGAGUCAUUGUAUGGCAAGGAUUCAAACAGGUUGAAGUCCAAGAUAAUUCAGUGACUGAGGGCGAGAUGUCCUUUAAGUUCAGAGUGUCCCCUGAGAUGUCCCCAGACGUCCAGGUUGUGGCUUACGCUGUCCUCCCCAGUGAGACGGUGAUCGCCCACAGUUCUGACUUCUCCACUGAGAAAUGCUUCAGGCACAAGGUGUCGCUGGAGUUUUCUCCGUCCUCAGCUGUCCCAGGAGAAGAAAACACCCUAAAGUUGACAGCCCAGCCGGACUCUCUGUGUGGUGUGAGCGCUAUCGACCAGAGCGUCCUCAUCAAGGAGCCCGGGAAAACUCUGGACGCAGAAAAGAUAUUUAAUCUGUUGCCAGUCAGAAAAUCUACCCAUAUUCCAUACUCAGCUGAAGACGCUUUAGAGUGCCUGACAGUAAGAUCAAAAAGAUCCAUUCUGCCUUACCGCUCAUGGCGUGCCGAAGAUGAUGCUUACAACGUUUUGCAGAAUGUUGGGUUGAAGAUGGUAACCAAUUUGUUUAUUCGGACGCCAUCGUGCCUCAUCUAUAGAGGAGAACAAUACCACCGGGGCUAUGGAUACAGAGUUUAUUACUCUAUGGCGAGUCCUCUUGUGCCGGACAACAUCUUGGGUGGUUCAUUUAGUCCUGUCAAUGAGGAGUCUUCAGUUAUAGAGACAGUCCGCAGUUUUUUCCCUGAGACUUGGAUCUGGGACCUUGUGAAAGUUGGAGAGUCUGGGACAAAGGAUGUGCCCCUCACUGUUCCUGACACCAUCACCACCUGGGAGACAGAGGCUUAUUGUUUGUCCCCUCAGGGUUUCGGUUUAGCUCCUCGUAAAGAGCUCACUGUCUUCCAGCCUUUCUUCCUGGAGCUCAGCCUGCCUUACUCCAUCAUCCGAGGCGAGAACUUUGAGCUGAAGGUGACCGUCUUCAACUACCUGUCCAGCUGCAUCAUGGUCACUGUGACUCCAGCCCCCUCCUUGGAUUACACCCUCACCCCCCUCUCUGGUGACCAGUACACAUCCUGUUUGUGUGGCAACGAGCGCAAGACCCUCAGCUGGAUCAUGGAUCCCACAGCUUUAGGGGUUGUGAACGUGUCUGUGACCGCUGAGGCUGUGGCGUCUCACGCUUCAUGUGACAAUGAGAUAGUGAGCGUGCCAGAGAGAGGUCGUGUCGACGUGGUCACAAAAUCCCUCAUUGUAAAGGCUGAAGGAACCGAGGUGAUCAAGACCCACAACUGGCUGCUCUGUCCCAAAGAUGAGACUUUGACAGAGGAAGUAGAGAUAUCGCUCCCUGAGAAUGUGAUUGAUGGAUCUGCCCGUGCUCUUGUUUCAGUCCUGGGUGACAUCCUGGGCCGAGCUCUGAAGAACCUGGACGGUCUGCUGCAGAUGCCGUAUGGAUGCGGCGAGCAGAACAUGGCGCUUCUGGCCCCGAACAUCUACAUCCUCCAAUACCUAAAGAACACGCAGCAGCUGACCCCGGCCAUCAUGGAGAAGGCGGGCAACUUCCUGACCAGUGGCUACCAGAGACAGCUGAACUACAAGCAUAGGGGAGGAGCUUACAGCACAUUUGGAAGCGGAUCAGGGAACACUUGGCUGACGGCUUUCGUGCUGAGAUCCUUCGCCAAAGCACGGUCUUUCGUCUUCAUUGACCCAAAAAAUAUUGCAGAGUCAAAGUCUUGGCUGGUUCGCAGACAACAUGAAAAUGGUUCUUUCCAACAGUCGGGGAAACUCUUCAACAACAGAAUGAAGGGCGGCGUCUCUGAUGAAGUGACUCUCAGUGCGUACAUCACUGCUGCCUUCUUGGAGAUGAACUCAUCCAGUAAUGAUCCUGUGGUGAAAAGCAGCCUGUCCUGCCUCAGGGAGUCCAUCAGUGACCUCAGCAACACCUACGCCACCGCUCUGCUGGCGUACGUCUUCACCCUGGCAGGUGACAUGGAGACCCGUGCUCACCUUCUGAGACACCUUGACACAGUUGCAAUUCAAAAAGGAGGUUACCUCCACUGGUCUCAGACCGCUGCAGACACCUCGUCCUCUCUGUCUGUGGAGAUCAGCUCUUAUGUGCUGCUGGCCAAACUCAGCGUCUCUUCUCCUACUGCUGAAGACCUGGGAUACUCCACCCGCAUCGUCAGAUGGCUGACCACUAAGCAGAACUAUUAUGGAGGCUUCUCCUCCACACAGGACACAGUGGUAGCUCUGCAGGCUUUGGCUCUCUACUCCACCCUGGUGUUCAGUCCAGGAGGUUCCAGCACGGUGGCGGUCCAGUCUCCCAGCAUGCAGCUGGUCUUUGACGUGAACCAGGACAACAAGCUGCUCUACCAGGAGCAGGUGCUGAUGGGCGGGGCCGGAAAGUACAGCCUGCAGGUGAAGGGUUCGGCGUGUGCUUCAGCGCAGAUUUCUCUUCACUACAACAUCCCAACUCCUACUGAUGUCAGCACAUUGAUGGUGGACGUCCAACCAGAAGCUGACUGUGCCAGCGCCUCUAACAGACGCAGGCUUUCCCUGAAAUUCAAGAGCUUAUACAGUGGAGAGGAGAGCACCACAAACAUGGUGAUCCUGGAUAUCAAAAUGCUCUCUGGAUUUGUCCCAGACCCAGAGUCUUUGAAGAAGCUCAAACGUGCCGAGCUGGUGGAUCGUGUGGAAGAGAAGAAAGAUCAUGUUAUGGUUUACUUUAAGGAGUUGCAGAAAGACAUCCCCAUCAAUCAUGAAUUAAGGCUCAUACAGGAGCUCCCAGUGCAGAACCUGAAGCCAGCUGUGGUCAAGAUCUACGACUACUACCAGCCAAGUGACCAGGCUGAGACUCAGUACAUCUACCCUUGCAUUGCAGCCUGAACACUGAUGUUGUCUCGAUGCUCCCAGUAAGAUUCUAAAUAAACCUCCAUUUUAUUCCAAC